GCCUCAAUUAGUCGCCCACCAGCCCUGCGACAAUACAUGCGAAAAGUGAUUCCUUCUUCCAGGAUAAAAUAUAACAAUCAACCCUUUGGACCCUGAAAAACAACUCAUCUGAAUUCCCUUCAAAAUCCUCCAUCACAAUGUCCCUCUCUCUCCCAACCCAACCCGUCUCCCCAACAACAAUCCCCAAACUUCCCCCUCCCCCAUCCGACCCCCUAACAGAAGACCAAUGGAAAACCCUCCUGUCGAUCGCAGACGCCAUAAUCCCGGCCGUGAAGCCCACCGCCUCCGCCAACUCGACCACAGACAUCGCAGCAAAGGACGACGAGUACGCGAGUGCGAUUAAGAAACUGACAAGCCUCGCGCCGGGGGGAGUCAAAGAUGAAGAGACGGCGAGGAGGUUUUUAGAGGAGAGCGCGUCGGGGAAUCCCGCGUUUCGGGAGGCGCUGCAUAGGGUUUUUGCGGUGCAUAUGCCGGUGGCGUCGGCGAAGCAGUUGGGGAUGGUGUUGAGUAUUUUGGGAACCCGCGCCGGAUCCCUAUUCCUCACCGGAUACCUCACCCCCAUCAGCGAGCAACCCGCCUCCAUCCGCGAAUCCAUCAUCAAAAGCUGGUCCACCGCGCGCCUGCCCCUCCUCCGCCAACUCUUCCGCUCCCUCACCAUGAUCACCAAGCAAACCUGGAUCAAAGUGACGCCGACGCUGCCCCAGAUCCUCGGCAUCCCCCGCGUGCCGACAGGCAUGAUCCCCGGCAAGGGCUUCGACUACGAGUUCCUGCAGAUGCCGCCGGGGAGCGAGCCCGAGGUCAUCGAGACAGACGUCGUGAUCAUUGGUAGCGGGUGCGGUGCAGGAGUCAGCGCGAAGAAUCUCGCUGAGGCGGGGCAUAGGGUCCUCGUUGUUGAGAAGGCGUAUCAUUGGACUCCGGACCACUUUCCUAUGAAUGAGAGAAAUGGGUGGGAACAUUUGUUCAUGAGUGGAGCUGCCAUGGUUUCCGACGACACCACCAUGACCGUGAUAGCCGGGCAAUCCUGGGGCGGCGGCGGCACUGUAAACUGGUCCGCGUCCCUCCAGACGCAAGGCUACGUGCGACAAGCCUGGGCGGACAGCGGCCUCCCCUUCUUCACGUCGGCCGAGUACCAGGACUGCCUGGACCGCGUCUGCGACCGUAUGGGCGUCUCGACCGAGCACAUCCAGCACAACCCGCAGAACCGGCACCUGCUCGAGGGGUCCCGAAAGCUCGGGUACACGCACAAGGCCGUGCCGCAGAACACGGGCAGGAAGCAGCAUAAUUGCGGGCACUGCACGUUUGGGUGUGGGUCCUGCGAGAAGCAGGGGCCCGUCGUGUCGUUCCUGCCAGAUGCCGCGCGCGCGGGUGCCCGCUUCAUCGAGGGGUUCCAUGCGGAGAAGGUGCUGUUCGAGUCGAGGAAUGGGGAGAAGGUUGCGACGGGGGUGAGGGGUACGUGGGCGUCGAGGGAUGAGCAUGGUGGUGUGGCGGGCGAGCCGUUGGUGAAGAGGGAGGUUAUUAUUAAGGCGAAGAGAGUUAUCGUGUCAGCGGGCACAAUGCAGAGCCCUCUAUUGCUCCUGCGAUCAGGACUCACGAACUAUCAUAUUGGUCGGAACUUGCAUCUCCACCCUGUCUCGCUGGUCGGCGCAGUGUACGACGAGGAGAUCAAGCCAUGGGAAGGUCCCAUUCUCACGUCAGUGUGCAGCGAGUACGAGAACCUAGACGGCAAAGGUCACGGCACGAAGCUCGAAGCCACGAACAUGCUCCCGUCGUCCUGGCUCAUCUGGUUGAACUGGAAGAGCGGACUCGACUACAAGCUCAACGCCGCGCGCAUGAAACACAUGGCUGGCUACAUCUCCGUCGCGCGGGACCGCGACACCGGCCGCGUAUACCCGGACCCCGUAGACGGCCGCGUCCGCUUCGAAUACACGACCUCCAAGUACGACCAGCAGCACAUCCUGACUGGGCUCCUCGCCCUCGCGCGGAUCCAAUACGUCGCCGGGGCCCGCGAGAUCUUCACCGUGCUCCCGGGGGCCCCCACCUUCAUCCGCGACGACUCCGCCUCCUCGGAUGGCAUCAACGACGCGAAGUUCAAGGCGUGGCUCGAGGAGAUUAAGUACAUUGGGUUCCCGAGCCCGGACAGCAUGUUCGUGAGUGCGCAUCAGAUGUCGACGUGUAGGAUGAGUGCGACGAAGGGAGGGGGCGUGGUGGAUGAGAAUGGGCUGGUUUGGGGCACGAAGGGGUUGUAUGUGGCGGAUGCGAGUGCGAUGCCCUCGGCUAGUGGGGUUAAUCCUAUGGUUACGAAUAUGGCGAUUGCGGAUUGGAUUUCCAGGGGCGUGGCGAGGGGAUUGAGGGAGCAGGCGAAGUUGUAG